GGAAAUUAACCCGAGGGGCGGGGUGCAGACUGACCGGAAGUGGGCCCUGGCUGGCGCCGCAGGACCCGAGCUCGCGCGAGCCGGUGGAGCGGAGCGUGGGGAAGGCGGGACACGGGGCGGGGCCGCUGCAGGGGCGGGGUCUGCAGCCUGGCGGGUGGGGGGCGGGGACCCCCUAGUCCCCCCGAACCCCGCCUGCCCCGGCGGCGGCACGGCCAUGAAGCUGAAGCUGAAGAACGUGUUUCUCGCCUACUUCCUGGUGUCGAUCGCCGGCCUCCUCUACGCGUUGGUGCAGCUCGGUCAGCCAUGUGACUGCCUCCCUCCCCUGCGCGCAGCCGCAGAGCAGCUUCGGCAGAAGGAUCUGAGGAUUUCCCAGCUGCAAGCCGAUCUCCGCCGUCCACCCCCUGCCCCUGCCCAGCCCCCUGAACCUGAGGCCCUGCCUACUAUCUAUGUUGUUACCCCCACCUACGCCAGGCUGGUGCAGAAAGCGGAGCUGGUGCGGCUGUCCCAGACACUGAGCCUGGUGCCCCGGCUGCAUUGGCUGCUGGUGGAGGAUGCCGAGGGCCCCACCCCGCUGGUCUCCCGGCUGCUGGCUGCCUCGGGCCUCCUCUUCACACACCUGGCGGUCCUCACCCCCAAGGCCCAGCGGCUCAGGGAGGGUGAGCCCGGCUGGGUUCGGCCCCGCGGUGUAGAGCAACGGAACAGGGCCCUGGACUGGCUGCGGAGCGGAGGGGGCGCUGUGGGGGGAGAGAAGGACCCCCCUCCAGCCGGCUCGCGGGGAGUUGUGUACUUUGCAGAUGAUGACAACACCUACAGCCGGGAACUCUUUGAGGAGAUGCGCUGGACCCGUGGUGUCUCAGUGUGGCCCGUGGGGCUGGUGGGCGGCCUGCGAUUUGAGGGCCCUCGGGUACAGGAUGGCCGGGUUGUGGGCUUCCACACAGCAUGGGAGCCCAGCAGGCCCUUCCCAGUGGAUAUGGCAGGAUUUGCUGUUGCCCUGCCCUUGCUGUUGGCUAAGCCCAGUGCCCAGUUUGACGCCACUGCUCCCCGGGGCCACCUGGAGAGCAGUCUCCUGAGCCACCUCGUGGAUCCCAAGGACCUGGAGCCACGGGCAGCUAACUGCACUCGGGUUCUGGUGUGGCACACACGGACAGAGAAGCCCAAGAUGAAGCAGGAAGAGCAGCUACAGCGGCAGGGCCGAGGCUCAGACCCAGCCGUUGAGGUGUGAUGGCAGCCCCACCCUGACUACCACCGCGUCAGGCACGAACCUGGGGGACUGGGUCCCUGGCCUGCCCAGGAGGCAGUUUUCCAAAUCCUGACCCCUCAGAGCCAGGGGCGGCCCCUCUGCCCCCUCAGCCCCAGGGCGUGGCCCAGCUGCUUCUCCCCUCCCCCAGCCUGCCAUGUGGCACUGGCCCACAGGCCGGGGACAAGCAGCCCUUGUGUUGAGCCAGGUCAGCCCCGUCUGGGGCGGAGCAGAAGGACAGACACUCAGGAGGGAGGGCUGCUGAGCAACUGGGUAACUUAUUGGGGCUGGGCAUGCACUGGGGGGCUGGAGGAGCUGGGCUGGACCCUCCCCACCUGAGCAUGCUGACCCCCGUCCUACCUCCAGAAUAAAAGAUCUCAAGCUG